AUGCCACCAAGGUUGACGGCGCCUCUAGAAAGAGAAGCAGCUGCACGGUUGAGAGAGGGAGAGGACGGAGGAGAGGAUGGAGGAGACGAGGCACGUGGAGAUGGGGAUAGAGGAGAGAGUGGAGCAGACGCAGCGUGUGUUGAAGAAGCAGUGAAAGCAGAAGAGGUGGCGAAUGCAGCAGGAAGCGUGGGAGCGGAGAGGAGGAGGAGGAAUAAGCCGGAAGAAGGCGGGUCGAUGGUGGUGACUCUGAGACUGAGAGGCGGUCGACAGGAGAGACAAGGUGCUGUUGCUCCUAGGAUUCAGAUUCUGCAGCAGCAGCCGCUGCAGCAGCAGGAGUGGCAGCAGCAGCAGCAGCAGCGGCAGGAGCGGCAGGAGCGACAGGCGCAAUGUGGGUUGCAGGAGCAGACGCAGCAAACAGAGCCUGGUUCGUUGUCUGGGGUGGACGUGUCAGGGCUCCAGGCGAUAGGGGCGAAGCGGAAGCGGGAAGGGAGGCGGAAGGGCCGCGGGGAGGAGGCGCAUGGGGAAUUUGAGCGCAGGGUUGAGGGGAGUGUUGAGGUGACAGUUGAGGGGUCAUGUCCAAGUGAGGCAGAAGGUAUGCGUGGGGAAGGGGAGGGGAAAGAGGGAGGGGGCGUUUGUGCUGGUAUUGCUCCUGCUGCCCCUCCUGCUGCCCCUCCUGUUGCCCCUCCUGCUGCCAAGCCUGCUGCCGCUCUCCCGUCCACUCUCCCAGACCCCUCCCUCCUUGGGGAUUCGCCAGCAGCCGCGGCAAGGAGAAGGCAGCAGCAGAGACGGCAGCAGCAGCUUCAGGAGGAGCGGUAUACUGUACUUGAAGCAGACUGUAACGAGGAUGAGAAGCUUUCUAGAAGCGCUGACGUCGGGACUAGGGCGGCUGAGGUUGGUAGGGACGGGAAAGCAGGUGCAAACCUUGAUGUGGGAGUUGAGUUGGAUGAAGGCGGGGGUGAUAGUUCAUUUGAAGGGGAACAAAGGCAGCAGAGGCAGCAUAGGAAGCAACGGGAGCAUAGGAAGCAGAGGGAGCAGCGGGAGCAGAGGGAGAUGGUGAUUCAUGAAGAGCAAAUGGGGGAUCCUUGGGAGUUGGAAGCGGGUGAAGGGACGCUCUUACCUGCAGGCAAUAGGGAGAAGCAGGGGCAGGAAGAGAAGCCGAAGCAUGCUCGCAAAAGGGAGAAAGAGGAGGGGGGGGAGAAAAGGGAGAGGAAAGAAAAGGGGAGGAAAAGGCGAGUUAGUGAAGAAGAUGUGAUAGGGCGGAAGCGAGGAAGGGGCAUGGAGGAGGCGUCGAUUGUGGUGAGAGGGAGGGCUGGAGGGGCAGCAGGAGAAGGGGUGGAGGAGGGAAGGGAGGCAAGAGAUGCAGAAGAGGCGAAGGGGGAGGCGAGAAUGACCAGGAGCAGGGCUGCCAGAGCAGAUGUGAGCUCUGGUAAUGGAGCAGGGACAGGGGCUGGGGCUGCGGCAGGUGUUGGGAUUGGAGCUGAGGCAGGGGUAGGGGCAGGAGCAAGGGGAGAAGAAGGAGCAGGUUUAGGAUCAUGGGAUGGGGAAGCUGAAAAGCCCCAUCCUUCUCGUGGUUUCUUCUCCCCGCCUCAUUCGUCCUCUGUGAACUCGGGGGGUUCAAGUGUUUGGUUGCUUGGGGACGAGGGCGAGAAAGGAGGAAGAGAGACACCGGUUGGGGAGAUUUCAGGGGGGGAAACAGGAGAUGGUGGUAAAGUCGCAAGAGUUGGAUUAGGAGGUGCUGCAAAGUCUGUUGCUUGGAUGAGCCAACACGGGCCUUUUGAAGCUGUGCCGAGGAAUGGUGGAGUAGUAGCAGUGGAAGGGGACGAGUGUGAUACAGCUGCGCUGCUCGUUAUAGUCACGGUGGUGCUGUGUGUGAGCACGUGGUAUGCAGCGGGCAAGAUGUACAGCGACUCCCUCGAUGACAUCGCCACACAGUUGAGGCAGAAGUCCCUGGUGCGAGCGCACCAGCAGUUAUUGCUCUACAUCGAUCUUGAUCGCAACGUGCUGCUCGCCUUCGCUUCUGCUACUCAUUCACUCUCCCCUCUCUUCCCCAACUCCCUUUCACCGCUCUCACCACCGUUCUCCACUGAUUCCCACCGCCUACCACCACUCUCCACCGCUCUGAACCCCUCCAACUGCGGCAGAAGUCCUUGGCUGCGGCAAAAGUCUCUAGUGCGGGUGCACCAGCAGUUCCUGCUCUACAUCAACCGUGAUCGCGACGUGCUGCUGGCCUUCGCCUCCGUGGUGGAGAACCUGCUGGCGCAGACCAACACGUCUGUCGUGGGGCUACGUUAUGCGCAGAAGCAGAUCGCCCCUCUGGCGUGGUCAUUCUUCCAGUCGUCCCUGCCGCGCCUCACGCUGCUGGGCUACUUCUCCCACUUCGGCUGCCUUGUGUCCUACUCCCAGACCGACCCUGUCACCCAGUCCUUCUCAGCCACUCCUGGUGGCGCCGUGUCGCAGGUCUACACAAAGAAUCUCACCGAUAUCACAGGCCAAUGGUACAUCCAGGCAGUUAACACCUCCACCGGAUCCGCCCUCCCCCAGUCUCCCCCUCGGAACUUCACGCCAGUGCCCAUCGGGUCCCCAACCGUCUACGACAGCGUUGCCAGCGGCCCCCCCGGCCUGCUGCUCUGGUCCUUCAAUGCCGUUCAGAACCUCUCUGGACCGCUCUUGCUCGCGUCUGUGGCCGUGAGGGGCGCGGAGCAGAGGAAAGCGAUUGGGCAGGAUGUUGGGGGGGAUGAGUGGUGGGAUGUGGGUGCGGGAGUGGGGGUGAAAGGGGUGGUGGGGAGUGCGGGGGGGAGUGGAGGAGGGAGUGGGAAAGGGAGGGGGUUGGGAGGGGCUGGAGGGACUACGAAGGUUGAUGCAACGGUUCAAGGAGGUGAUGCUUUGGGGAAUGGGGAUUGGGAUGGAAAUGGGGAUAGGGACACGGGUGGGGUUGCGGGUGGCGAUGGUGAGGCCAAUGGGUUGGUGGCUCGGGACUUAUUGUCGCUGCAAGAAACUCCCUUCCACCCCCAUUUCCACUUGCAUUCUCAACGACCUGCGCACCUCUCCUCAGCUGCUGCUGUGGCUGCUGCUGCCACUGCCACUGCCACUGCUUCUGCUUCUGCUACUGCUGCCAGUGCCGGGGCAGGCACAGACAACAGCGUCAUGUACAUCUGCAGCAGCGACGGGUUUUUGGUUGCCACCUCCACCAACGCCGCCACCACCGCCAUGGCUACCCCGUCUGCAAAUCCAGCUGCUCCUGCUUCCAGUGGGAUGAGCGGAGGAGGUGGGAGCGGCAACCAGAGCGGGUCGGGGCAGCAGCAGCAGGGGGCAGGACCGCCGCCGCUGCCGCCGGGGUUUGAAGGGCCGGGGGCCGGGCAGGCGAUGCCAGUGCUGGUGAACGCGACGCAGGUGUUGGAUGCGGUGAUUGCCGAUACGGCGCGGUACCUGGAGGCGCGGUUUGGGCUGCCGGCGCUGGUGGCGGGGAACUACUCGGUGGGGGGCGUGAUGGUGAACGGGGAGGAGUGCUUCGUGAGCACCAUGGCCCUCAGCUUCGACAAUCUCAACAUGUACCUUGCGAUCAUCAUGCCGCGCGCCUCCAUCACAGCAUCGAUAGAGUCAAAGCAGCGCAUCAUGGUCAUUGUCACCACGGCAGUCGCGCUGUGCCUGCUGCUCAUCGGCUGGGCCGUGGUGAUCUUUCUCACGCUCUACGUGGACACGCGCAUGCGCCCCAAGGAGGAGCUGCAGCGCCAGAUGGAGGAGACCCAGCGAGCCCAGGCUGCCUCAGAGGUCAAGAGCCAGUUCCUGGCCAACAUCUCCCAUGACCUCAGGACCCCUAUGGCCGGCAUCCUGGGUCUACUGGACAUCAUGCUGUGCGACCACCUCUCGUCAGAGCAGGAGGCCAAUCUGCGCCAGAUGAAGUCCUGCUGUGCCUCCCUCCUUGGACUCCUUAACAACCUGCUCGACCUUGCCAAGGUGGAGGCGGGCAAGAUGCAGCUGGAGGUGUUGGAGUUUGACAUAGUGGGCGAGCUCGAGUCGCUGGUCGACAUGUUCAGCGUGCAGGGGCUCAGCAACGGCACCGAAAUCGCCCUCGAUCUCUCUGACGACAUUGAUCGGAUGGUCAAGGGCGACCCGUCCAGGGUCAGACAGGUGUUUGCGAAUCUACUCAGCAACGCGUGCAAGUUCACCAAGAACGGCCAGGUGGUGGUGCGGGGGUGGGUGCGGGACAGGCCGCCGCCGCAGCUGGCCAAGCAAGACCUCUCCAUCCCGGGGGAGAAGGGAAACAGCAGGCGGCACAGCAGGUCCAAGAGCCGCGAUGUGGACAAUGCUGCAGCAGACAUAGGGGGGGCAGGAGUGGCGGGGGCGGGGGCGGGGGUGGGGGUGGGAGGGGGGGAGCAGGGCGGGGCUAAGGGGCGGCGCACGGUGGCGUUCAUGUUUGAGGUGGAUGACACGGGGCCAGGCAUUCCCGUGCACAAGCGGGAGUCCAUCUUUGAGAAUUUCCAGCAGGCUGAUGUUUCCACUGCCCGCACACACGGUGGCACAGGCAUUCCAGUGCACAACCGAGUUUCCAUCUUUGAAAACUUCCAACAGGCUUGUGGCACAGGGCUCGGUCUGGGAAUCGUGAACCUGAUGGGGGGGUCAAUAGCCGUGGUGGACAAGGAUGGGCAGGGGGCCCGGUUCCGCUUCGACAUGCGGUUCGAAGCGGUGGAGGGCGGUGGAGGGUGGCACAACAGCAUGCUUCAGCCAGAGCUGCUGCUGCCCAAGCUGACUGCCGUGGAGGGCGGGCAGGUGCUUCUAGCAAUGGAGGACGACAGUGCCGGCGCGGCCAUAGCCACGGCCUGGAUGGAGCGGCGCAAGCUCAAGGUCCUUCUCGCAAUGAAGGAGGACAGUGCAGGGGCGGCCAUAGCCACAGCCUGGAUGGAGCGGCGGAAGCUCAAGGUGUGGCGCGCGCACACGUGGCAGGAGAUCAUGCCAGCUGUCGCCUCCAUACUGAUCCAGAAGUCGGCCGCCUCGCAGCCCCCCCGCGCGUCGCGCUCCCUCGUGGGGUUCUCUGCUCCGCUCAUGCGCAGCUUCACUGCUCUGAGAGGGGGAGGAGGAGGGGAGAAGGGGGAGAAAGGGGAGAAGGGGGAAAAGGGGGAGAGGGGAGGGGAGAAGGGGGAGAGAGGGGGGAUUGCUGCCGCGGGUGGAGCGGUGGGGGGAGGAGGAGUGGGAGGUGGUAGUUUUGGCGCCGGGGGUGGUGGCAGCAGCAGCAAUGGUGGUGGUGGUGGAGGUGGUGGUGGUGUUGGGAGUGGUGCGGGUGGGUUCAGUCCGAUGGUGGAUAAAGCGAGGUCGGCUGUAGGCUGGCGCAGCCCCUCCCCUCGAUCCCACGACUCCUUACCAGUACCUGUAGCGCCAUCCCCCGCGGCUGUAGCAGCAGCUGUGGCAGCGGCUGUAGCAGCAGUGCCAGGCGGACCUGGGGGAGGGGGAGGGGAAGGGGGAGGGGGGACAGGUGGGACCUCCCCUAGACCUUUCACCCCUGAUCAGACCCCCCCUCUGUCAGGGCCUAUGCAGGCGCAGCUGGGGCAGGUGGUCUCUGAAUCAGGCGCACCUGGGCAGGGGCAGGGGCAGAGAGAGGUUUGGAACCGGCUUCCCUCGCCGUCCCAUCCUCUGGGCAACGGGCGCAUUCUGAGCAGCCCCGGGCGCUGCUUCGGCAGCCCUGCUGCUGCAAGCACUUGCGGCGACAGCGAGGAGGGGGAGGUUGGGGAUGGGGGAGCGGGGGAGGGGGCGGAAGGGGGGAAAGCAGGAGGGGGAGGAGGAGGGGGGUUGGCGGGAGGGAGGGCGAUGGGGAUGGUGAAGAGCCUUGGCAGCAGCAGCAGCAGGUUACUGGGGCGUGGUCUGAGCACCAAGUCCCGACGGUCCCUGGAGAAGCAGGGUAGCAGCCGUGGCUCGGACCAGGAUCCCUCCUUUUCCAGCCACGGCUCUGCCCCUACCACCACCACCCCUCCCGCUUCUGCUGAUGCUGCUGCCGCUGGUGCUGCUGCUGGUGCUGCUGCUGGUGCACUAGGCACGCCCCCCAAUGGUCUCGCAUCGCUGUCCUUUGAUGGGACGAUGGGCAGGGAGCAGCAGGGCCUGUUGAGUGGGCCGUUAGCUCAUGGGAGCAUCGGCUCCCGGUCGCUCGGAGCAGGGUUGCUUGGAGGGAGAGGGGGACCGGGGGGCGCGGGGUCGGACAAAGACGGCUCGAUUGCAGCUGCCGCCGCCGCCGCUGUUGCUGUCGUUGAAUCAGAAGGUGCUGGCACUGGUGGCGCUGGUGCUGGUGGUGUUGCUGCUGGUGCUGCUGCUCCCGCUGCUGCUGCUGCUGCUGCUGCUGCUGCUCCCGCUGCUGCUGCUGCUGCUGCUGCUCCCGCUGCUGCCACAGCUUCCCGUGGAUCCUUCCUCUCUGCCGCGUCCCCUUCCCGGGUCGUACCCGCCUCCCCAUCCCGGCUCAUCCCCGCCUCCCCUCCCUCAGCAGCAGCCCAAGCAUCCUCCUCCUCCUCUGCCUCCUCCUCAGCAGCCCGGCCGGCGUCGAAGCUGAUGCUGGCGGUGAUAGACGUGUCCAUCGUGCCGAGCGUGCAUCAAUUUAUUGCCGAGGAGCUUCAUAUAUUUCGGGCACGGCUGCAGCACCAGGGCUUCGUGAUCGCCUGGCUGGUGGAGCACAACACGUCCGCCGAUACUAGGCGCGCACUCAGAAGUCUACGCAAUGUCCCCUCUGCUGGCCUUGGCGAUCCCCUUAGUGGCCUUGGCGAUCCCCUUAGUGGCCUUGGCGAUCCUCUUAGUGGCCUUGGCGAUCCCCUUAGUGGCCUUGGCGAUCCCCUUAGUGGCCUUGGCGAUCCCCUUAGUGGCCUUGGCGAUCCCCUUAGUGGCCUUGGCGAUCCUCUUAGUGGCCUUGGCGAUCCCCUUAGUGGCCUUGGCGAUCCCCUUAGUGGCCUUGGCGAUCCCCUUAGUGGCCUUGGCGAUCCUCUUAGUGGCCUUGGCGAUCCUCUUAGUGCCUUCUUCUCUUCUUCUCUGCUGCCUCCUUCUUCUCUUCCCACCCUCACACCCUCUGUAUGCAGGUCGGGUGGUGCAGUGGUGUCCAAGCCCCUCUAUGCGUCGCGCAUGGUGCCUCUCCUCGCCCUCGCCACCGCCAGCUACAGCGUGCCGCGCAGCACUCAAGCUCUCAUGUCCCUCCCAUCCCUUCAUGUGCAGGUCGGGCUGUGCGGUGGCGUCCAAGCCCCUCUAUGCAUUGCGCAUGGCCCCUCUUAUCCCCCUUCCCUCCCCCCCUUCUCCUCUCAACACCCUCUGUAUGCAUGCAGGUCGGGGUGUGCAGUGGCGUCCAAGCCCCUCUAUGCGUCGCGCAUGGCCCCUCUCCUCGCCCUGGCAACGGCCAGGAACAGUGUUCCGCACUCGAGCUCGCAAAUUGACAUGCCGCGCGCGUUUGGAGGGAGGGGCGGGCGAGGGGCAGAUGGGGGAGGCGAAGGGGGUGGUUCACAGUGGCACCAUGGCGAGGGGAACGAGCAGACGUGGGGGCUGUCAGCACCAGCAGAGGAGGACGAGUCAGCCGACUCACCAGCAGCCGCUGCUGGUGGUGCUGCUGCCGCUCACUCUCACUCUCCUCCAUCUCUCCCUUUCUUCCCUUCCCCCCUUCCCCUCCCCCCCAACCAGGCGUGGGGCCUGCCAGCGCCAGCAGAGGAGGACGAAUCCGCCGACUCCCCAGCAGCCUCGUCCACAGCGCUGCCGUUCUCUCUCACUCUCCUUCCUCACUCCGUCCACCCACCCCCUCCCCUGACCAGGCCGCCAGCAGAGGAGGACGAAUCCGCCGACUCCCCAGCAGCCUCGUCCACCGCUCUGCGCAACACAGCUGCCGUCUCCGUCCCCUUCUCCCCCUGCCCUCGCCCCUCCGCCUCCAACCCCACUACCGCCACCGCUGCUGGUUCUGCCGCAGCUGGUUCUGCCGCUGCUGGUUCUGCCGCUGCUGGCGCUGCUGCUGGUGCUGCUGGGGGAGCGGCUAUGUCUAGGUACCCCCCUCCCUCUGGCCGGGGACCCCCCAUUCCCUCCCCACACGCCGCUGCUGUUGCCUCCCCUCACGGCCUACCUUCUGGCCGGCCCCCGAUUCCCUCGGCGGCAAGUGCGGAAGGCCCCUGCCCGGCCCUAAGUGACGGUGCUGCUGCUGCUGGUGGUGCUGGUGCUGGCUCUCCUGCCCAGGGAGGAGCAGCAGGGGCAGCAGGGGGGGUGUUGGAGUCGUCUCCUAGGUCGCGGUCAGGCAGGAUGCGGCCGGUCAACAGCGGGCUCAAGAAAGGGGUCAGUGCCUCAUCCCUCCCCCCCCGUCCCUUCUUUUAUCUUGUUUCCUUUCUUUUGGGUUGUUGGGCGUCCUUCUCAGAGGGUUCGUUUGACAACGCGCUGGCAGGCAAGCGUGUGCUGAUUGCUGAAGACACGGCUCUGCUGAGGAAGGUUGCCAUAAUUCGAAUGCAGAAGCUGGGCUGUGAAGUGGAGGCCGUGUGUGACGGGCAGCAAGCAGUGGAUGCGGUGUUGGCCACCUACGCCAGCAACACGGGGCGGUUCGAUGCGGUGCUCAUGGAUUGCCAGAUGCCGGUGCUGGACGGGUACGGGGCCACAGCAGCCAUCAGAGCAGGGGAGGCGGGGACGCCUUUCCACACGCCCAUAGUGGCCCUCACAGCCCACGCCAUGACCAGCGACCACCGCAAAUGCCUUGACGCAGGCAUGGAUGCUUACCUCACGAAGCCUAUUGAUCCUGCACUCAUGUCCCGCACACUCCUAGGCCUCAUGGCAAAGCACCCUGUCGCUGCUGCUGCUCCUCCUCGUCCUGCUACUGCUGACUCCUGA